GGGUGCAGAUCCUGCUGUACUCGCUGCCAUCAGAACUGCCAACAGCCCGUUCCAGCAAUCCGUGGCUGCUGCAAUCCAGAACAUCUACACAUCAGACAAGCAAUCCAUUGCUGCUGCCAAGGAUAGUCUGAAGAAGGAACUGUCUGACAUCCUCAAUGCAGCCACACAGAAGACUGUGGCGUGUAUCAAGGAUGCAUUCAGAAAGUUCACCAAUGCGGCCAGGUUCAGAUUCAACAUAAUACAUGAGGGAUUGAAGAAGCAUCUUGAAGAGAUCCUCAAGACUGGGGAGUCUGGACUGGUUGCUGGGCUGGUGCAGGUGAACAGGAGAGUGUGUGAAGGGGUACGAUAUGUUCUGAGCCUAUGUGCCGAUGCACUGUCAGGAAGAGGAUGUGACGAGCCAAAACUGCCACUGACAUUCUUGGCUGUCUAUCAAUUAAAGCAUAUCCCAUAUUAUUUGUUUCCAAAAGGAUUGCAUGCAGUCAUAUUUCUGUUGAGAUGUUUAUGA